CCCCUCUUUCUUCGAUUUCUCACAGCCCACCACUAAUUCUCUCAUUCUCUCAUUCUCUCAUUCUCUCUCCAUUAUGCCUCAAUAAGUCUUCUUUAUCUCCCUGUGGUAAAAGGAGAGAGAAUAGAGAAAAAAAAAAAAAACACAAAGCUUCCAUUUGAGUCUGAGCUUUACUGUCAACAACUACAUUGGCAAACUUUUUGAACCCGAAAUUCGUUUUCGUUUUUGUAUUCUUCAUUAACAUUCUUAGUUUUUGAUAUUUUGUUCUGUUUUUUUGGUUUUGCUCUGUUCUAACUACAAAGAAAUGGAUGAAAAUUCACCGAAAUUUAUGAUACCGGAGGCACUUCAGGUAUCAAGAGAUGAUAUUGCAGGUCAAAUUGGGUUGAUAUGGGAACUAAUCAAAUCGCCAUUGAUUGUACCCUUGUUGCAACUUGGUGUUUACAUAUGUUUAGCCAUGUCCCUCAUGCUUUUCAUGGAAAGAGUUUACAUGGGUAUUGUUAUAAUUCUCGUUAAGCUUUUCUGGAAAAAACCAGAGAAGCGUUACAAGUGGGAACCCAUUCAAGAUGAUGAAGAGUUGGGCAACACAAAUUUCCCUGUUGUGCUUGUUCAAAUCCCAAUGUUCAACGAAAGGGAGGUUUACAAAGUGUCCAUUGGAGCCGCCUGUGGGCUUUCUUGGCCGUCCGAUCGGCUCGUGAUCCAAGUCCUAGAUGAUUCAACAGACCCAACAGUUAAGGAAAUGGUGGAGCAAGAAUGCAUAAGAUGGGCAAAUAAAGGCAUAAAUAUCAGGUACCAAAUUAGGGAAACUCGAGGAGGCUACAAAGCCGGUGCUCUUAAAGAAGGUCUCAAGCGAAGCUACGUUAAAGACUGUGAAUUCGUCGUCAUUUUUGACGCCGAUUUUCGGCCGGAGCCGGACUUUCUCCGACGAGCCAUUCCGUUUCUAAUCAAUAACGCUGAUAUUGCUCUUGUUCAAGCUCGUUGGAGAUUUGUAAAUGCUGAUGAAUGCUUGUUGACAAGGAUGCAAGAGAUGUCGUUGGAUUAUCAUUUUACAGUGGAACAGGAAGUGGGUUCUGCAACUCAUGCUUUCUUCGGUUUCAAUGGAACUGCUGGUGUAUGGAGAAUUGCUGCAAUUAAUGAGGCUGGUGGAUGGAAGGACAGAACAACUGUAGAGGAUAUGGAUCUUGCAGUUCGAUCUAGCCUCAAGGGUUGGAAAUUUGUUUACCUUGGUGAUUUACAGGUGAAAAGUGAACUUCCCAGUACAUUCAAAGCCUUCAGAUUCCAGCAGCACCGUUGGUCUUGUGGUCCGGCUAAUCUGUUCAGGAAAAUGGUGAUGGAGAUUGUUAGAAACAAGAAAGUUAGAUUCUGGAAGAAAGUUUAUGUUAUCUACAGUUUCUUCUUCGUCCGAAAAAUUAUUGCUCAUAUGGUCACUUUUUGCUUCUACUGUGUGGUGCUUCCGCUUACCAUUUUGGUUCCUGAAGUUGAAGUUCCAAUUUGGGGUGCUGUUUACAUUCCUUCCGUUAUCACAAUUCUUAAUUCAGUUGGAACUCCAAGGUCGAUUCACCUGUUGUUUUACUGGAUCCUUUUCGAGAAUGUGAUGUCUUUGCAUAGAACCAAAGCUACAUUCAUCGGCUUACUUGAAGCUGGAAGGGCUAAUGAAUGGGUUGUCACAGAAAAGCUAGGAGACACUCUGAAGAAUAAGGCAGCUGAAGCCAAGAACAAAACAAGCACCAAAAUCAUCAAACGACCUCGAUUCAAAAUUGCAGAUAGAUUAAACAUGCUGGAGCUUGGAUUCGCUACGUUCCUAUUCUUCUGCGGAUGCUAUGACUAUGUCCACGGGAAGAACCGAUACUAUAUAUACCUUUUUCUCCAAACCGUUACCUUCUUCAUCACAGGAAUAGGCUAUGUCGGCACAAUUGUCUAAGGGCGGCAUCUCCCAAUAAGUUUGAUAUCUAUACUGGCACCAGCCUCUUCCUGUUUUUCAUGCCAUAUUCAUGUGCUUUUUUUUUCAUCUCUGAAACCAAAUAUAUGUAUUAGUGGGGUUCCGUGAACAACAAUGAUUCAAGUAUUACAGUUCAGGUUCAUUCAAACCAAAAGAAAAGGUCAUUCAACAUGUUCUGGCACAGAAAGAUUAUUGCCAUGAACAAAUUAGACAAAUUCAAAUUAGUUUUCAUCAGUAAAUGAAGAAAUGCUGUCACUAAUUGAACUCAUUAUUCAGAGUGAAACAGCAUAUGGUUUAGACAACAGGAGAAAUUGUUAUUUUUAUUUUAUUAGAUUGCUUGUAAUUUUGAGAGCUUGUCUUUUUUUCAAUCUUUUUUUGACUAAGUUAUGGAUAAAAGUGUGAAGUUGUAAUCCAAUUUAAUGUAUCAAUAUUUAUUUUCA